AUGCCGCAAUAUCUUGUCAGAUUGGCGCAAGCGCACGAAAGCUUUCGGAGAGUGGAAUUACAGGCUCUCGCGGACAUCGCUGGUGUAACAUUACAAUUUGUAAGAUAUGAAGAAGAUUCUCCCUACUGUGUUGUAGAUCUACCAUCAGAUGGCGCAGCGCGGAAAGUUAUUGCCCGUAGCAUCUUGGCGCAAGGCAUAUACGAACUAUGGGGUCAGGGUCCCACUUACGAUAGUCUUCAUGACUCCGUCCGCAGUAUAUCUGCUCCCAAAUGGUCUCAGUACGAGACUGCAUCCUUUCGUUUCACUGUCGAAGGCUAUCGGGGUGGCAAGUCGCCUGGGGCUCAGAAAGAAAUCAUCGACAGCUUCUCUUACAUGGCUUUCAAAGGACCGCCAAAGAUGCGAGACCCGGAUGUUGCCUUCCGUGUGUUCGAAGACUAUGACCUGGAUGUGAAGGAGCCGAAGUACUUGUAUUUUGGGCGCUUCAUUGCAGACUCAUGUCGUAAUGAAGCAAAGAAGAGAUUUGAUCUCAAGAAGAGACUUUACAUUAGCACUACAUCCAUGGACGCGGAGCUCACACUACUUACAGCAAACAUUGCACACGUCUCACCUGGAAAACUAUUCUACGACCCCUUCAUGGGCACAGGCGGCUUCCCAAUAGCAUGCGCCCACUUCGGGGCUGUAGUCUUUGGCAGCGAUAUCGACGGCCGCACAAUUCGCGGCACAGGGGGAAGCGCUCGGAGAGGUCAAACUGGCAAAUACGACGUUGUUGGCAACUUCAAGCAAUACGGCAUCGAACCAAACUACCUAGGCUCCUUCGUCUCGGACCUCACCAACACGCCGCUAAGAAUCCUCCUACCAGACAAAGACUACACAAAAGGCUACCUCGACGGCAUUGUCUGCGACCCACCCUACGGCAUCCGCGAAGGUCUGAAGGUUCUCGGCUCCCGCCAGGAGCUGCUAGAAGAAGAGCGCCAAUCCCACCAAGAUCAGUACAAAGCCCCAGGCUACAUCCCACCCAAGCGCCCCUACUCCUUCACUGCCCUCCUCGACGACAUCCUCGCCUUUUCCGUCUCCACGCUCGUUGAGGACGGGCGCCUCAGCAUGUGGAUGCCCACGGCCAACGACGAAGAUAUCGAACUCAUCAUCCCCUCGCAUCCCUGCCUCGAGCUAACCUCCGUCUGCGUCCAAGCUUUCAACAAAUGGUCACGCAGACUGUUGACUUAUCGGCGCCGCCGCGAGGAGGAGAUUCCAGAGGGCGCUUACGAGGCAAGUAGGAGGGAGUAUGAGAAGGGGACGAGGGCUAGUGAGUUGAAUGAUUUUAGGCGGAAGUAUUUUCAGGGGUUUAGGGAGUUUGAGAGUAUGAAGAAAGAGUUUGUAAGGAUGAAGGCGGAGGAGGGCAAAAAUGGGGAAAUGGCGGAGGUGACGGUUAAAGAUGAUAGAGUGUAG